AUGAUGGACAUCAAUUCACUCCUUUCGCCCCAGGAUGCCAAUUCACAGUCCGGGCGCUCAACCCCCUCCGCGGGUCCUUCCUCCGUCCCCAAUAAUUCCUCUUCCUCUGCCCCGACCUCUGCUCCUCAUCCGAAGCCCUUGCGAAAGAGUCGCCCCGGCUCGACCAAGCAAGGCAUGACUUCCUCGCCGCUUGCGCAGCAUGUCUAUGCCCCAUCCCACCUGCCUGAACCUUCGCCGCCCGCCAUAAGUCCCAAGGUCGGUCCUAGCGUGGGAGGUGGGAAUGGUACUCCCCCAGCGGCUGAUCUUCCUCCCCCAAGACAACCGUCUACCCCCGGCAUGGACACCCUGGCCGACCUGGCAUCAAUGCAGCACCAUCAACCGCCGCGAUCCAAUGCCCCUAUCCUGCGCAGCACCGAGGCGUACGAGCACCAGCUGUCCCCUUCCACCAUGUACCCCCACGUCAACCCAAUCUCUCACAACACUCCUACCCCGCGCUCCUCCUUUGAUAUCGCAAUGUCGGAUGGUCCGCGCGAAAGCGCUCGUCGAAGCUAUAUGGAUACCUCCUUGGUCCCCAACGCCCAGCGACAGGCGACGGAACUGUUCGCUCAGAUUCAGGAAAACCCUCAGUCCUACGACGCGCAUGUUCGCUUCGUUCGCCUUUUGCACGCGGGCUUCGUCAACCACGUCUACCCUCCGAAUAACCCCGAUAUCCAUGGCGACCCCCGGAAGUACGAUCUGCUCAAAGACAUGCGGACGGCUCGAGAGGAGAUGGACAAAUUGUUUGCUAUGGGUGAGGAUCUCUGGGCGGAGUGGAUUCAGGAUGAAAGCAUGCUGGCACAAUCGGUGGAAGAGCGCAUCGCAGUGAUGGAGCUCUGUCAGCGUUCGAUCGAGGAGGAAUACGGUAGCACCAAGCUGUGGGGCAUCUACGGUGAGUGGCUCCUGUAUCUCUACAACUCGGCCAACGGCGACGCCAGUCAAAGCCAGUGGACCGAGGAAGACCGCAUGGUCGGUCGCGAAGUCUUUUCUUGGCAGUCCGUCCUCGACGUGUGGCAACGAGGUGCCGAAUCAACACGGUGGAGAAUUCACGACAGCCAUCUGGUCUGGGAUCGAUUCCUUGACUUGCUCGUGCAAGAUCUCUCCCGCAACCCAUCACAGGACAAGAUCAACCAUGUAAGAGGGUUCUUCGACCUCCGCCUCGCGACUCCCCAUGCCACCUGGGAUCAAACCUUCCAGUUAUUUUCCGGGUUCAUCUCGACGUAUUACAACGCGAACUACGAGAAUAUCAUGGCAGAAAUGGCCGGGAAAUAUUCUACGGCAAGCAAGGAGACGUACUCCGCCCGCGAAGAUUUCGAGAUCCGGUUGCGCAACGCGGCCGAGGCGGGCGACAUGGGACAGGAAUGGGUUGUGUUCACCGAAUAUCUCGAAUGGGAGCUCAAUCGCAACCGUCGCAAGCGGCAUACAAAUUUCGACCUAGUUAAUGCAGUAUACCAGCGCGCCGUGCUGCGCUUUCCGACCGAUGCGAAUAUGUGGGAAGAUUUCAUCAUGUUCCUCAUCGACGAGUCCAUGCACGGUAAUACAAAUACCACGACGAUUUCCACACUCGACCGUGCAACCCGGCACUGCCCCUGCUCCGGCAGCCUCUGGUCACAGUACCUGCUCAGUUCCGAGCGGGAAGGCCAGUCGUUUUCCAAGAUCGCGGAUAUCAAGCACAAGGCCACCAGUACGGGUCUGCUGGACGCGGGCGGUAUGGAGGAAGUACUCAAAGUGCAUACAGCGUGGUGUAGCUACCUUCGUCGACGGGCUUUCCUGUCCGAUUCCACCGACGAAGACAUUGACGUGGCGGAAGUUGGUAUCCGGUCUGCUAUCGAAAGCGUCCAGGAACUGGGCGAGAAGAAGUAUGGCCGCAACUACCAGGGCGACCCAUUGUUCCGGUUGGAGCGCAUCUACAUUCGUUAUCUCAGCGAGAGUGGCAGUUGGGACAGCGCGCGGGAGACUUUCAAGGGUCUCGUGGGACGUCGUGGCAAUAGCUACGAGUUCUGGUUGACUUACUACGAGUGGGAGCUGAUCUCCUGGAGUAAGUUUGUUCAAAACGAAACUACGAUUGAUGCCGCCCGGCGCACUCCAAACCCCAGCUACGCCACUGCGGUGCUGAAGCAGGCGAUCAAACGAACCGACCUCGAUUGGCCCGAGAAGAUCAUGCAGACCUACAUUGCGCACUGCGAGGACUACGAGGACUCGGAUGAGCUGCAGCUGGCGAUUUUGGAGACGCGCAAAGCGAUGAGAGCCGUGACUGCCCGCCGCGAGCGCGACGCAAGGGAGCUGGCCGCGCGGCAGGCUGAACAAGCUGCCGUGGUGGAACAAGCCACCCCGCAGGCGGAAAAGCGCAAACGGGAGGAGGAGACGGGCAUGAACGGACUCCCUGCCAAAAGAGCUCGUGCAGAGGAGGCCGAAGUAUCGGUUCCCGUGGCCGCCGAGCCGGUCGCUCUUCGUCGUGAUCGUGAGAAUGCCACGAUCGUCGUUAAGAAUCUGCCCCAUGGCAUUACCGAACACAAAGUCCGGCAGUUCUUCCGCCAUUGUGGUACGAUCAAUAGUGCUAAAUUGCUGUCCAGUGAUGACGGCAAGUCCGAGACAGCCAUCAUCGAGUUCAACUCCAAAGAUGAGGCCGUUGUGGCACAGACGCGUGAUCAGAAGAUCAUAGAUGAGCAUACGAUUGAGGUUCAGUUUGGAUCGGGUUCUACGGUGUUUGUGACCAACUUCCCAGCGACAGCUGAUGAACAAUACAUUCGCGACCUGUUCCGUGAGCACGGCGAGAUUAUCGAUAUCCGCUUCCCGUCCCUCAAGUAUAACACGCACCGGCGAUUCUGCUACGUGCAGUUCAAGACGGCCGGCGAGGCUUAUAGCGCAACGCAGUUAGACGGGGCGACGGUGGGCAAUGGCCUGCACCUGGUUGCCAAGAUCUCGGACCCGACUCGCCGGCAGGACCGCCAGGGCCCCAUGUACGAGGGACGCGAGAUUCAUGUGUCAAACCUCGACUGGAAGGCCAGUGAGCAGGACGUGGAGGAGUUAUUCCUACGGUUUGGAACUGUGGAGCUGGUGCGCAUCCCGCGCAAGGUGGACGGCGGCAGCAAGGGCUUCUGCUACGUGGUCUUCUCGUCUAAGGAGGAAGCCGAGGCGUCGUUAGUGAUGCACGAGCAGCAGUUCCGCUCGCGCCCGCUUCAUGUGAAGCUGUCCACCCCGCAAGGGGCCAAACGAAGCGCGACAACCAUUUUGUCUCGCGUUGGGACGCGGUCCCCAUCGGUCGAGGUCAACGGGGCCAGGCGUGAGGCGAGCGAGGAGGUGCCAAACAGUGAACGGCAAGCACGCACUCUGGGCCUGAUGAAUGUCCCGGACACGGUGAAUGAUGCGCGGAUCCGAGCACUCGUCGAGCCAUAUGGCAAGCUGAUCAAGAUUGUACUGCGACCUGAUCACCAGGGAGCGAUUGUUGAGUUUGCGGACGUCCAUGAAGCUGGCAAAGCGUCCCUGGAGUUGGAAGGGCAGGAAAUUACCCCCGGACGCAAACUGCACAUUGGCACGGUACCGGAGAUGAUGAAGCAAUCGGCGGAGAAGAAGAGCAGCAACGGACCCAGCCAAGGUAGUAGCGGCAGCAGCAAGGCCAAAGACAAGCCCAGUGGGCUCUUCCCCGUCGCGAAGCCGAUCAAGCGCCCGCCGCAGCCAGGCGCGCGCGGCGGCAAGCGCGGCGGGCUGGGAGUGAAACGGGCGACGGCGACGAGCACGGCGAACGGGCAGACGACGACCACGACGACCACGAAGACGACGAUGACGACCGACAGCGCAGCCCCGAGCGAGGGGCAGAGCACGAAAAAGAGCAAUGAAGACUUCCGAGCGAUGAUCCAGCGGAGUCGAGCGGGUUGA